AUGAGCCAGCGCCGAGUCGAAAUCUCACAUCUCCAGCCUCAGCAGCUUGCGGAGCUCCGCAAAUCAACUGAGUUGGAAAUCCAGCAUUUCACCCAGUCUCUCCAGGCACUUCAAACCGCACAAUCGAAGCUUCAAGAUUGCAUGAAAACCAUCGAUAAUAUGGAACUGGCCACCAGCAAUAACCUUCUAGUUCCUAUGACCAGUUCAUUGUACUUACCUGGAAAGGUUUCUGAGAAGGAUAAAUAUUUGGUGGAUAUUGGAACCGGAUACUUUGUGGAGAAAAAUGCCAAAGAUGCUAAGCAAGUGUACCAAAAGAAACUUACCAAGUUGGGCGAGGAUUCGAAGAAGUUGAGGGAUAUUCUAGUGCUGAAGAACGAGUCUAUUAACAAUAUCAAUAUGGUGUUGAGAAAGAAGAUGAUGGAGGCCGAGGCUGCCCAGCAGUAA